CACGCAGCAGGUGGACAUGGCCGACAUCUAUGAGACUCAACACUGCUAUGUCCACAAUCAGCAGUGCAGGCUUGACCAAGGUGCCAGCUUAGAAGUGGCUGGCCUUCCUUGUUGGGAUUACAGCUCAGCUGGGAAACGUUUGGCUGAGAAUGGCCCGACAGUCGGGACCUUCAUUUGCCACGCCAAGCGGCAUAUUCACACGAAAACCCCUCUGAUCAUCUUGGAGAACAACCUCAAAAUGAAGCUCAUUGAAUACCUCUAUGGCGAGCACUACCACAUCCACAAGCUUUUGGUUGAUGUUGAGGACGUUGGCCACUCUGGGACUCGCAGGGAGAGGGUCUACAUCAUACUGGCACACAAGACCCGCACCAUCCAACUUCUUGACCCCAAAGCUUUGUAUUUUGCCAUUUCUUCAGAGAUCAAAUCGAGAAUCUCUACCAGGCCCUCUGAUUACUUUGUCUCCAACCGCACAGAAGUGAUUCUUGCAGCGCAAGAAUUGGCGUUUAAACGCAAGAAGGUAUUCAAAGAGUCCUGGUUUUCAAGAUUGGACUGCACUAGACUCUUGACAGAUCGAGAGAAGGCAGUCAUCAAAACCCUGAACAAGGAGUAUAGGAGAAGGUGGAAAGGGGACCCGUUUCAAAACAAGGACUUGGUGUACCAUUUGGGGGACAACGCUUACAGACGUGCAUGGAGUGCAGUUUCAAAUAAGUUGCCCACACUCCGAAUGUCUGGAGGGCUGACUUGGUCAGUGCACUUGAAGCGCUUCCUAACAGGAAGAGAAAAACUUGCGAGCUUAGCCUUUCCCGUUACCAAAUCAAUCGCCAAAUCGAUGUUGGUAACAGAACUACCUGUGAUUGACAGCAGGCGAGCAAGCACUGUCGCAGGCAACUGCAUGAAUUUCAACUCCAUAGGUGUUGUUCAGCUCUUGGCAUUGGCGUCUUUCAAGCAGCGCUAG